AGCACAAGUUUCCGCCGGUGCCGGAAACAAGGAGUAUCUGCACAUGCGCAGAAAAUUUGGGCUCAACCUAAGAGUAGCGCGAAGCUGACGAGCUGAUGAGGCUAAAAAUGCUGCAGUCUGAGUGGUUCUGACGUCAUCCUCCACUGUGUAUGUGCAGAAAGUAAAAUAGAACCACAACAUCAGCGUGAGCCUCUCUCCCUGACCCACAACACUGGCCACUAAUUCCCUUCAUAAAGUUUUCUUCGACGACUGACGACAUGUGGCUGCAGAACAUUUUUCUUUGGUUUUGGGCCAUUUGUUGCAUCCCUGUUACAGGUUUUGAGUGGAAGAAAAUGAAAACUGAAAUAUCCAAAGCUGUUUCAGGCUACGCUCCAUGCAGCCCUGACAACUGUAGCUGCCACCUAAGUGUGCUACAGCAGGACUUGAGACCCUUUAAAGGAGGAAUCUCGGAGGCCAUCAUGGCUUCCACCAUUAAAAGGGGAGUGGGCACCCAUUAUCAGAUCAUUGGUCACAAGUUGUACAGAGAAACCAACUGUAUGUUUCCUGCCAGGUGCAGUGGUGUUGAGCAUUUCAUCCUGGAGGUGAUCAAUAAAUUACCUGACAUUGAGUUAGUGAUUAAUGUCAGGGAUUAUCCCCAGGUUCCUAACUGGAGUCAGCAGAUACUGCCUGUCUUCUCCUUCAGUAAGACCUCAGACUACCAUGACAUCAUGUAUCCUGCCUGGACAUUCUGGGAGGGCGGACCAGCAGUUUGGCCCAUUUAUCCCACUGGACUGGGGCGAUGGGAUCUGAUGAUGGACGACCUGAAGAAGUCUGCAGCUGAGUGGCCGUGGAAGAAGAAAGUGUCGAAAGGAUUCUUCAGAGGCUCACGGACUAGUCCAGAGCGAGACCCUCUGAUCCUCCUGUCCAGAGAAGACCCAGAGCUGGUGGACGCAGAAUACACUAAGAACCAGGCCUGGAAGUCUGAGCGGGACACACUGGGGAAACCUCCUGCCAAGGAAAUACCACUGGUCGAUCACUGCAAAUACAAAUAUUUGUUCAACUUCCGGGGCGUGGCUGCCAGUUUCCGUUUCAAGCAUCUCUUCCUCUGUGGUUCUCUGGUCUUCCAUGUGGGCGACGAGUGGCAGGAGUUUUUUUACCCUCAGCUCAAACCCUGGGUUCACUACGUCCCAGUCAAACAGGACCUCUCAGACGUCAGGGAACUUCUACAGUUUGUCAAAGAGAAUGAUGACAUAGCAAAGGAGAUCGCUGCCAGGGGCAGAGAGUUCAUCCUCACCCACCUACAAAUGCAGGAUGUUUCCUGUUACUGGCAGAGACUCCUCACUGAUUUCAGUGACCUCCUGACCUAUAAUCCCAAAAGAAACAGCAGCUACAAGGAGAUCAUCCACAGACCAAGCAAGACAGAGCUACUGAAUCCAGCUGAAGUGAUGUGUCCUGGGCAGCGGGGACAGCAGCCAUGUUCAGGCCCCGGGGCCACUCGGAGCACCGGCAGAGGCUCGUCCUCAACGCCAGGCCCCCCCGCCUUCUGCUUCCUGCUCCCCAGGAUCCAUGCAGCUGAGGUGGCUGCUGCCCAGUCGCCACAGAUGCUCUCCUCCUGACUCCUGUGUCUCAGCCACCUCCUGCCCACACUCUCUGCCAAGAGACAUAGAAAAGCCAGAAUACCAGACCAAGAUGGAAACACAUCAAGGAGUUUUUAAAGAGGAAGUCUGGGAUUCUGUCCGUCGCGUUUUAUGAGUCGGUCUAUGACCUGUUU